CUUUACUAAAAACAUAUGACAACAACAAGCCAAAAAAAAUAUGCUAUUUGUGACAAUUCAAUAGCGAUUUUAAAAGAGGAGUCAAAUGCUUGUGGUGUAGUGUAUAUAUAUCCUAUCCGUACAAUUGAUGAUAUGACAAAUGAAAGGAAAGCAAGACAAUACUUUAAUGGUUAUGACUACAAGUUUGACAACAACUUGGACGAAGUGAAAAUGGUGUGCUAUUCUCAAAACCCCAUAGAGAAUUCCUAUUCAACCAUGUUCAUGAGUUUGUCUAAAGAUGGAAGUUAUCUUGCUAUUUCAUGGUUGCCAAACCCUCGACUGGGACCCAACAUGGCCAUGAAGUAUUGCACGGUUUAUGAUUUAAAGGAUUUGCAGCCUUGUAAAAUUGCUGACAGUAUAAACAUCAUCCUUACUAUGCCCGUUCGAAUAAUCGAGUUCUAUGGCGGCUGCUCUUUUACUGCGGAAGAAAAUAAACUUGUUCUUCUCAACCAAGACGAAGUCAGAGUAUAUGCUUUAAUUUAUAAUCCAUCAUUACGUAUUGAAAGCUUUGAGCUCGAAUUUUCACUCGACCUUUCAAAUACAAGCGCCUCUCUGUCGCCUGCAUACAACUAUGAUAAUAAGACGCCCACCUACUUUCUUUUUCCAUUAGGUAAAGGUGGUUCUACAAAUGUUAUACCCCAAGUGAUUGUUCCAAAGCAUCCCGUAGAGUACCAAUCUCUAACAAAUUCACCAACGAAUAGUAUUCUCGACGAUGAUAUAUUUUUCAACAUUGAAGACGAUGAUGAGGACAAGGAAAACGACGAAUGGAAUACAAAAGAUGAGGAUUACAUAGUGGUAAAAAAUCAUAUAUCUCUUGAUCAGGAUCAAGAUGAUUCUCCAAGCGAUGUGGAACACAAAGAUAACAUUAAACAGCAAGAUGUUGAACAGUUUUCACAAAUAACUGAAGCUUCUAGUGAUCAAUCUAUCAAUAUAGGUUAUCAUAUUCCUUUGCAUCAUCAACUAUUUGAUAAAAACAAUGAAUUUAUAAAGAUGAAUAUGGACAACAUUCAACUUUAUAAUGUCAUUUGCUGCGUGUCUACUUCGUCAUUACAACAUACAGAGUCACACAAAAAUAAUCUGUAUGUCUGGAGUCUGAAUAACAAAAAGAUGAUUCAUUACAAUCAAUUAAGAGACGACUCUCAAUACCUCACUGCAUUUUCGAGACAGCUUAAUCUUGUGGCAAUAGCAAAGAAGUACGACGAAAAUAAUAACCUUACAAGACUUGUUAUUGAACCUGCUGUACAUGUGUAUGACUGUAAAAGUGGGAUUGUUGUAGUCACAUUAUCUUUUCCACAAAAUCGGAGCAUAGCAGGUAUAACCCAAGUAUUGUUUCUACAAAAAGACAGCUAUAUUAUGACGGUGUCAUUUAGCUACAAUGAGUGCUAUGUUGAUAUCUGGGAUUUAGGAACGGGUAUGCAUUUAGAUUGUUGUACAAGUAACGUUGAUCAUCGAAAAGUGUUCGUUCAAGAAAGUCAAUUUGUUUUACAUAAUAAUAUACAACUAAAGUAUGGAUGUGGCGUGUUUAUUCGAGCAGAGAUUCCUCAAGAGCUCACAGAAACAGAUGAUACACAUCUAAAAGCAGGAACAAGAGAAUUGUGUAUACAGCGGGUCCGCUUUUUCGAAACAAAAUACAACCACGCUUGCCAGUGUCAAUCCACUAAAUUCUGGAACCUUACCAAGCCGAAUCCAUUUACAGGUCAGCACGUACUACACCGCAGGAAAGAUAAAACGCUGCCCGAUGCAAACAUCUCUUCCUCGGCAACUAUUCUUAAGGUAGCUUAUUUUUUGGACCAGAAUGAGACGUACCUAAUGACAUGCUACAAUAAAGGUUACAAUCGACAUACAUUUUUCAUGACUAUUUGGAGAGUGACAGCGGGCGUAUCAUGUCGUCGAAAAACAGAUUCUCACAAAAGAAUGGUAAAGCUAAAUAAUGUGGUGUAUAGCUUCAGAUACUCGACUGCUUACGCUGUAAGUGGUCGUACAGCGGGAUACCCAGACCUCCUUUUAAAUUUACAAGCAGCUAUCCAGAGAUGCAUCAGUCACAUCAACCCUGUCGUCGUAACCCCGCUUAAUUCCACUGGAUUACCCGUCCUUUUAAUCAGAAUCAAUGAUGAAUUAGAUAUGACCAAUUAUUCCCUGGUGGCUCAUCAAGAACCUGGGGAUAACUCGCAUUUCUUUUCCUACACCGUGGCUAUCCCUCUACAUGCAUAUUCGUUAAUAGAAUGCCAUUUAAAUGUCUUGGCGUAUGGAGAUAAUUCAGCAGCUUAUAUCUAUGAAACCUUUACCAAAAUUCCCAAUAUUGUAUCUGGGGAAAAUAAAUUCGAGGUGACUUUGGAAAGCAAUGUUGAUUUAUUGGAGGCUGACUAUUUCGGUACUCUAACAGGCUAUACUACAUUAUGUCGAUUAGCGCAAGACGAUUUAAAUUGUGGGCUGUUGGAACAUAUUUUCGAGACCACAGCAAAUAUCAAUUAUUGCUUUAUUACCAUGCAAAGAGGAGCAAAUGCUUAUUACAUCACAGAUAUGUUACGGGAGGCUCUUUGUGAAAACGCUAUUCAAAAUGCUCGGCUCAUUGUCUCCCAUUUGAGACACUCCAUAUCUACUUCGGGUAUGCAAAAUGGGGCAGCUUUACUCUUGGAAAACCGUUUGUUAAUUGCCCAACAUAAUCUUUAAAUGAAAGGACAAACAAAAAACUUUAUUAUAAA